AUGGAUGACAUCUUAUUAAUAAUUUCAUCAAUAACAACAGUUAAUAAUAGUAUUGUGUUAUCAUUACCACCAAUUGAAAGUUCACCUAAGAAUAAUUCGGAUGAUGUUUGCAAAAACUUUCAUCUCAUUGUUUUUCUAUGUAUUAUAUUCGUUCUUAUUGUAUCAAGCAAUAUAUCUGUUAUAAUUCAACUUGGAUGUUCGAAAAAACGUCACAGCCGAAUGAGUUUUUUUCUUCUCAAUCUUGCUUAUGCAGAUUUAUUAGUUGGACUAUUGAUCGUUACAAGAGAUAUAAUUGAAAAAAGUUGCAUUCCUUUUAUUCUCGGUGAUAUCGGAUGUCGUCUAAUCGGUUUUAUACAGGUGACAAUUGCUUACAAUUCGAGCUACGUACUCGUUUGUGUUUCCAUUGAUCGUUUAUAUGCGAUUGUCAGACCGAUGGACGUACGUACAGCAUCAGCAGCAUUUCGCUAUACAUUGAUUAUCGCAUCAUGGAUAAUAUCAAUAAGUUUUGCUUCUGCUCAAUUAUUUCUGAGAGAAAUUGAAGUAUUUCGAGGAAUGCGUGUAUGUGGAAAUCGUUCGGAUAUCAAAAAUUGGAACGUACUAGGCUCCAGUACGCUCAGGCAAAAAUCAUCUACGAAUAAUCGUCGAGUAUCGCUCACAUCUUCAGUACACAAAAACAGUUUCGGUUCGAAACGUCGAACCAGUGAACAUCAUCGACAAGAUUCAUCUGCGACAAAACGAGUUAAACAUCAAAAUUCACAAUCAUCAUUAGUAUAUAAUAAUAGUCUAUGA